CAUACAGCCGUACUCCAGAACAGGUUGAGAACCACUGGCCUAGUUCUAUCAUACAUGGACAGUAAAUAAUUACUAAAUAUUGAUGCACUGCACUAUUAAACUUAAACGUAUGUAAUCAGUGCAAGAGUUGUCACAAGACAUCAUUGCUUGUGCAUUCUGAGAUUAUGAGUGUGAAUUCAACCAAACAUACAGUCAACCAAAUUAAGUAAACAAGUCAGUUACAAACUAACUAGUAGUUGCUAAUCUCCAAAUGUAAAAUGUAUGCUCUAAUUGAAGUAAGACGUCAUGCUGAGCAGGUGCAGCCGCACUAUGUGAUCAUUUCUUGGUUGUUAGUCUUUGUAAUAUGAUAUCCUGGAGGGAGGAGUUGAUAAAUCUUCUACGUAAACGAAAGUUAAGUAAAAGAAAUGAAAGGGUUGGGUGUGGUGAAAGUUGGAACUUCUAUUGGCUGAGAAUUGAGAACUGACUUUAGUCAUGGCAGACGCUUUGUCCUUUCUGGAAGAGGAUUUGACAUGUCUCAUCUGUUGUGAUGUCUUCACCGAUCCGGUCACUUUGAAAUGUAGCCACAGUUUGUGUGAGGAAUGUCUCCAGCGUUUCUGGACGACUCAGGACGUGCCGCAGUGUCCGGUCUGUCGGAAGGAAUGCUCUCACGACGAGCCCACCAAGAGCCUGGCGUUCAGAGCGCUCUGUGAGUCCUUCAAGAAGAGAAAACCCUCAGCUGUUUCAGGAGACGUUUGUCCAGAACAUGAAGAAAAGUUCAAACUCUUCUGCUUUGUGGACAAGCAGCCCAUCUGUGUGGUCUGUUACACAUCAAAGAAGCACGAAGAUCACAAGUGUUCUCCUGUCAACGAGGCUGCUGGGAAUUUAAAGGAGGAUCUCAAGACACAAAUGGACAGACUGCAGGUGACACUCGAUGACCUCAAGGAAGCCCAUGAGAGCUGUGUCGAACGGGCUGAGCUCAGUAAGGAACACACCAAUAUGGAUGAAAACCAAAUAAAGGAGGAAUUUGAGAAGCUCCAUCAGUUUCUGAGAGACGAGGAGGAGAAACAGAUCAGAUCCUUGCAUAAAGAAAUGAAACUUCAAGAUGAGAAACUCCAGGCCAGAAUGAAGGAGCUCUCCGCACAGAUAUCAGAUCUGUCUGAGAGGAUGGCAGCCGUCUGGCAGGACAUAGAAGCUGAAAACAUCACAUUUCUCCAGAAUUACAGCGAUACUUUAAAAAGACUCCAACACCCAUCAGUAGCAAACACAACCCCUGAACUACAAGAAUAUCAGCACUAUCCCAUUCAGACAGUGAUCUUCACCACAUGGGUCAAAAUGCAGAACCUUGUGGAACAGCCUCCUGUGACUCUGGACCCAGACACAGCAUCGAGUAAACUGCAGGUGUCACAGGAUUGCACCAGUGUUCAGUACGUAGAAAAUAAACUGGUUGUGUUUGAUAACCCAGAGAGAAUGUAUGUGGGAGUGCUGGCCUCACAGGGCUUCAGCUCAGGUGUGCACUGCUGGGACGUAGAGGUAAAAAACAACAGUCACUGGACGCUGGGAGUGGUGGCGGAAACAGUGAACCGCAAAAAAUAUUACAAAUUGUAUCCAAAGAAACAUUUUUGGUGUUUUCAUUACAUGAAUGCUACAUACAAGCAAGGAAACGAUCCUGUCAGCAAUAUUGAUAGCAAUGAGAGGCCAAAUAUCAUCCGACUGCAGCUGGACUUUGAUGAAGGAGAGCUGAGAUUCAUCGACCCUUCCAGAAACAGGAUUUUGUGUACCUACACUGCUGGAUUUCCAGAGAAAGUGUUCCCAUAUUUCUGUACUGAAGAUAUGAUCAGCCCACUUAACAUUUUCAUGUCAAAUAAACAAAAAUGGUAAACCACAACUAACACAAAAUUUGUUUUUAUAUACGUUGUGUUUUGUGCAUGUGCCAAGAUAAUCCUCAAAUGCGAUGACCUUCAUGCAGUGUGAAUUGAGUUACAGUCUAUGGUGUCCAAAUCAUUUUUAGGGCCACUGUAUAUCAAGCUAUGUGAUUAUUUAAUCAUGUAAUGUUUAAGUGUAUAGGGUGAAACAUUAUAAAUAUGGCAAAUUUUAAUGUGAUUAUCAAUGAAAAAAUAAAUAAAGACUAU